GCGUGAGUGAGAGGAAGGGGAAGGGGGGGGCGGUGUUAAGGGCGCUUUGAGGCCUCUUUGUGCCCCCCAAGUGUGGGGCAGCCCCACAGAGCGCCCCACAGAGCGCCAUGGGCAGCGUGUUAGCCGCCGGGUCCCCCCCCCCGCCGCCGCCGUUGCUGCCGGUGCCGCCGGGCUAUGGGGGGGCCGUGAGUGGGGCCCUGCCCCAUAGCGCUGCCCCACAGCGCCCCAUAGAGCCCCCCGCGGAGCCGCUGCCCAACCCCGGCGCCUUCGAGGAGUGUCACCGCCGCUGCAAGGAUCUGUUCCCAGUGCAGAUGGAGGGCGUCAAACUGACCGUGAACAAGGGGCUGAGCAACCACUUCCAGGUGAACCACACAGUCGCCCUCAGCACCCUGGGGGAGUCCAACUACCACUUCGGGGCCACCUACGUGGGCACCAAGCAGCUGAGCCCCACCGAGGCGUUCCCGGUGCUGGUGGGGGACAUGGACAACAGCGGCAGCCUCAACGCGCAGGUCAUCCACCAGCUCACCAGCAGGAUCCGCUCCAAGGUGGCAUUCCAGACCCAACAGGCCAAGUUCAUCAACUGGCAGGUGGAUGGGGAGUAUCGGGGGGCUGACUUCACCGCAGCCGUCACCCUGGGGAACCCCGACAUCCUGGUGGGCUCAGGCAUCCUGGUUGCCCAUUACCUGCAGAGCAUCACCCCCAGCUUGGCUGGGGGGGAGCUGGUGUACCACCGGCGGCCCGGAGAGGAAGGAACCGUGGUGUCCCUGGCCGGGCGCUACACAGCACCCAACUGGAUCGGCACCUUAACGCUGGGCCAGGCGGGUGCUCACGCCACCUACUACCAUCGGGCCAACGAGCAGCUGCAGGUUGGGGUGGAGUUUGAGGCCAGCACCAGGCUGCAGGACACCUCCGUGGCCUUCGGGUACCAGCUGGAGCUGCCCAAAGGGAACCUGGUGUUCAAAGGCUCCCUGGACAGCAGCUGGGUGGUGGCCGCGGUGCUGGAGAAGAAGCUGCCGCCGCUGCCGCUGACGCUGGCGCUCGGCGCCGUCCUCAACCACCGCAAGAACAAGUUCCACUGCGGCUUCGGGCUCACCAUCGGCUGAGGGGCCCCCCCGGCCCCCAGUGACCCCCCAGUGACCACCAUGGACCUCCCAGUGACCACCAUCGGCUGAGGGGCCCCCAGUGACCAUCAUGGACCCCCCAUUGACCACCAUGGACCCCCCAUUGACCACCAUUGGAGAAGGGGCCCCCAUUGACCACCAUUGGCUGAGGGACCCCCCCCAGGGACUCCCCCAGUGACCACCAUGGACCCUCCAUGGACGUCCCAUUGACCACCAUUGGCUGAGGGACCCCCAUGGCCCCCAUCAUGGAGCCUCCCAUUGGCUGAGGGACCCCCAUCAUGGAGCUUCCCAUUGGCUGAGGACCCCCAUGGCCCCCAUCACGGAGCCUCCCAUUGGCUGAGGACCUCCAUGGCCCCCAUCACGGAGCCUCCCAUUGGCUGAGGGACCCCCAUGGACCAUCAGCAGCAUCUUCAUCCCCUUCAGCCUCAUUGGCCUCCUCCUCCUUCCCCCCCAAAGGCCACUUUAGGGGUCCCCCCCCUGCCCAAACUGGCCCCACAAUGGGCUAAAUGGGGCCCUCCCCUCCUUGGGGUCCCCCCAACAACUCGAGGUUCCCCCCAUCACGGCGCCGAGCCCAAUAAAGUGAAAGGCCUCAAUGGGGGGGCUCAUCCAUUACAUGGGGGGACACCCCAAAACUAGGGGGGGGGGGAAGGUGGGGACAGACCCCCCAUAGAGCCCAUUAUGGGGGUUCAAACCCCCCCAUAGGCCCCCCUUAUGGGGGUUCAGACCCCCCCAAAGUCCAUUUUAGGGGUUCACCACCCCCAUAAAGCCUGUUACGGGGGUUCAAUCCCCCCAGUUUUGGGGUUCCCCCCCCCAUAGACCCAAUUUGGGGGUUCCCCCCCCAUAAAGGCCAUUAUGGGGUUCAGACCCCCCCCAUAGAGUCCAUUAUGGGGGUUGGGCCCCCCCUUUCCCCUCUCUGCCCCCCCUCCCCCCCCGACCUUUGCCCCCCCCGCGGCCACGUCCACACCCCCGGGGGCCAAGUCCAAGGGGGGGGGGCGGGGUUAUGACGUCAUGGGUGGGGGUGGUGACAUCACAAAGGGGUCCUUCCCCCCCUCCCCCCCCCCAAUGUAACCCCCCUCUCCCCCCAUCCCCCCCCUUCCCCCCCCCACAUAAGGGGGGGAUUUGGGGCUCCCCCAUUCGGAUUAAUGGGGGGGGAGGGAGGGGUUGACCUUUGCCCCCCCCCAUAGCUCCCCCCCCCCAUAGGGGUUAUUUAAGGUUCCCCCCCCCCCGCGGAGCGGAGCAGGAGGGAUCCGAUAGGGUGCCACCAUGAAGCUGUGGGUGCUGCUGGUGGCAGCCGCAGUGCUGACGGGUUGUGGGGCGGAGCCGCUCCCCCCCGCCAAGGCCACGCCCCCCGCCAAGGCCACGCCCCGCCCCCCGGCCGCCCCCCUCCCCCCCCGCGGGUUUUGGGGGGCCCUGGGGGGGCGGCCCAGAACGUGACGGCGCGGUUCUGGGGAAGCCCCCUCGGGCAGCAGCUGCAGCGGGUGACGUCAGUGCUGCGGGCGGCGCGCGCGCAGCUGGGGGCGGAGGCGCGGGAGGCGCGCGCGCGGGCGCGGGAGGCGCGCGCGGCGCUGGAGCAGGGCUGGGCCGAGCUGCGCCUGCGCGGGGCCGCCUGCGCGCGGCGCCUGCGCAGGAGGCUGCAGCGGGAGCGCGAGGAGCUUCGGCGGCGCUGGGGGCGGUGGGGGGGGGAGGUGACCCGGAUGUGGGGGGGGAGGGGGAGGAGCAGGGGGGGAGGGGGAGGAGCAGGGGGAGGGGAGGGGGACGAGGAGCUGAAGGUGAGGGAGGGGGGGUGAGGGGGGGCACGGGGGGAGAAAACAUGAGAAAUGGGGGGUUUGGGGUGGAGAGCCUUAAAGAUGGGGGGUUUGGGGUGAAAAACGUUAAAAAUGGGGGUGAAGAGCCUUAAAAAUGGGGGUUUUGGGUGAAAAACGUUAAAAAUGGGGUGAAGAAUGUCAAGAAUGGGGGUUUUGGGGUGAAGAAUGUCAAGAAUGAUGGUGAAGAACAAUAAAAUGGGGGUGAAGAACAUCAAAACUUGAGGGUUUUGGGGUGAAGAACAUCAACUAUGGGGAUUUCGGAUGAAAAACCUUAAAAAUGGGGUGAAGAAUGUCAAGAAUGGGGGUUUUGGGGUGAAAAACGUUAAAAAUGGGGUGAAGAACCUUAAAAAUGGGGGGGUUGGGUUGAAGAACAUCAAAAAUGGGGGUUUUGGGGUGAAGAAUGUCAAGAAUGAUGGUGAAGAACAAUAAAAUGGGGUGAAGAACAUCAAAAA